AGUACAAUGAGGAAAAACAGUUAUAAUUUUUUAAUUUUUAAACUUUGUAAUGCUUAUGAUUAAAGUGGCGGCCGAAGAUGGCCAGUUUGUAACUCUUUACUUGGAAAAUGACUGGAGCUUUUCAAAACUAAACGAAUUGAUAAAAGAUCAAUUAAAUAUACCAGUAAAUAACCAAAAAUUGUAUCUAGAUGGAGUUUUACUGUCUGGAAACAUUAAUUUGAUCUCGGAUUCCGGUUUAAAAAACGGAGAUGUGUUGCUAGUAAAAUCUGAUUAUGGAAAUAUGAAUUUUUCAUCACUUUUAUCAUCUGACUACGAUACCAUUUCAGAUGACCUUCUUCGUACAAGAGCAAGAGAAAUUUUAGAUGAGUUUAACCGUGAACCAGCUCAACUUGAAACACUCAAGUUCCAUAACCAGGAACUUUACAACGCAGUUCUAACAAAAAACGCUGAGGAAGUUUAUAAGAUUGUAAAGAACGAAUAUGAAGAGAAGAAAAAGGAGGAAAUGGAACACAAAAAGAACUUGAUGAAAGCAUAUUUGGAUCCCUUAAACCCAGAAUCGCAAAUUUUAAUACAUAAAGAAAUUGAAAAGAACAGAAUUGACGAAAAUUUAAUGUCAGCCCAAAACUACUUUCCAGAGUCAUUUGGCAGGAUUGUGAUGUUGUAUAUCAAGGUUGAAAUAAACAACGUCGUAGUGAAGGCAUUAGUGGACACCGGUGCUCAGAACACUAUAAUGAGUAAAGAAUGUGCAUUACAAUGUAAUUUGCUAAGCCUGGUGGACGAAAGAUUCAAAGGAGUUGCAGUAGGAGUGGGAUCAACUAAAACUUUGGGGAAAAUACACUUGGCUGAUAUGAAAAUAGGAUCCAUAUUUAUUCCAGUUUCGUUCAUUGUCAUAGAUGGAGCCAAUUUGGAAUUUAUUCUAGGGCUGGAUAUACUACGCAGAUAUACCUGCGAUAUUAACUUGAAGUACAAUUAUUUGGGAAUAAACGAUGUAAAUGUUCCAUUUCUAUCAGAAUCCGAGUUAGUGACUUUUAAGAGUUAUUCUAGGAGUGUGCCAUCCGGUAAUAAACCAUCAAUUUCCACUUCUGUUUCUCAACAAUCAACUAGUACCUAUGAAGCUAAAACCAAUACAGUUGCUGACUCUAAAUCGACUGAACAAAAUGAAAAGGUUAAAAGACUUAGUGAGGUGCUCAGCAUCACCCCGGAACACGCAAGAGAACUCCUAGAAAUUGCAGGUUGGAACGAAGAACUAGCUGCCUCAUUUGUAACGGAAUAGGUACUAAUGUUAAUAUGUACUUUAUAAA